AUGGGCAAAAAUCGCCGACAAUCGGCUCUGGCCAAGUCCAUACAGUCUGGCCUGCUCCGUGACCCAGACCGGUUCAAAAAGACCGCCUGGGGGAAAAUCAUUGCAUUUUUUACAUUCCGCAGAAUCAAACUCAUUAGACAUGAGCAGGACUUAUUUGCGAAGCUGCGUCAAGAGGUGUGGAACUUUAACGAAGAUGAAUACCAAUCGAGCUUCCAUACGACAAGUGGCCAGGCACCGUUGAAAAUGAUCGGCGAUUUGGGAUACUCGGGAUCGACUUUCUUCGGCACAUUUGAUGGCCGAUUGGUCAUCAAAAGUCUCCCACGUCGCUUUGAAUAUACAUUCUUCGAAACUGAUUUCCUCGAGCCCUAUUAUGAGUAUAUGCACCGGCAUCCGGACUCUGUCUUGGUCUGGAUCACAGAUUACAUUCUCUCGCCAUAUGUGACUCUAGGCACGCUUUGCGGCUGCGCCCCGGCACACCAUAUCAUCAUGGAGAAUAUCCUCUGCGGACAAGCCGAUGAUCCCGCCGGUAAUCGCUGGGAAACCUACGACCUCAAACCAAUCGACUACUUCUAUCCGGAGCGUGACCUGGUCCCCGCACCUCUGGUCAGCGAGGAUACAUUAAGCAGGCUGGCGGAUACCUUUAACGACAAGCUUCGUCUUUGGCAGAAAGACUAUAAUGCCUUUUGGGAGGCCAUUCAAGCAGAUACUAAGUUCCUACAAGAGGCCAAUGCUGUCGAUUAUUCUCUAUUUAUGGUCCGAAUUCCAGCCACUUCGAGCCCGAAGGUACUCGGGAGGCGGAGUCCGUGGAGGGCUGGUAUCCCGUCCACAGAUGGAAAAUGGAAGUAUCGGGCUGUGAUACUCGAUUUCUUUUGGGCUCGGCAUAAGCUGCAUGCGCAGGCAAUGUCCGGGGUAGUGCAGACAUUCAACGUUGUGGGUCGUCAAGGACCUAUGUCUAUUACUACAACGGCGGAUGAGUAUCGUCAGAAAUUCUUGUCCAUGGUCAAGGAGAUGAUUGAGGUAUAUCCCGAAUAG